GACAAAGAAAAUUUGUUAGUUUAUUUUUAAUAACGAACCAAUAGACUUAGAUUUAUCUAAAUAUUAUUAUCUACCCUUAAGCCCAGUUUAACAAUGGGUUUAUUAAAUAGUUUUCUAAUUGUACUAUUAGCAAUGAUUUUCUUGGGAUCAAUUGACCAAACUUUGUCAUCGGCAAUGCCAGCAUACGAUACCAUGCAAUGUUUGUUUCAUUCAUCAUCUGAUGAUCCAAAUACAUGUUUGUUAGGUGGUAAGCAAACAGCAUGUCAAACAUACAAAUGUUAUCGCACAAUUGGCCACAGUUGUUCCACUGGACAUGUAGCAAAGCUAACAGGGGAUGAAUGUGGUGGAUCUUUGACUUGCGGUUGUGAUAAAAAAUGCAAUGGCUGUAUAACUGUGAAUGGUGAAAGAAAAUGUUAUUGGGGCGAGUGUAUGCCAUUUAGGCCCAAUGGAAAGAGAGAUCAAAUGAAGUUAAUUCCAUCUUCACUUGAUUUACAUGACAGAAGCAUUGAAUAUCCGAUUGAAGAUUCGAGAGUGAUUUAA